AUGCGCAAGUUUGUCCGGCCCACAAGUAAAGACGCUAGUCAAGAGCCCCAACAACCCGUAGGCAAGGUUCUGACCUUCUGUUACCCAUGCACUUCAUUAUUUCCCCUCGAGCGACCUCCAGUACGUCGAACCGUGACAUCCCUACAGUCUGUGCAUUGGCAUUUCAACUUUCAAGAUAUCAUGAGAUCUUACAAACUGGUUGCCUGGGGGCAGGAAGGCCAAUAUGUCGAAUCUCCAAAACCAGUUCCUGGCCCUGCAGAUGUUCUCAUUCGUGUCAAAGCGGUUGGUCUUUGCCGCUCAGACCUCGACAUGAUGGACAGCCAACCCGGCAGCGAUCCAUAUGCCUCCGCCAUAGACGCAAACUACAUUCUAGGCCACGAAACAUCCGGAGUCGUUGAGGAUCUCGGGUCUUCCAUUACCGACUUGUUCAAGGGAGAAAGCGUCGUUGUGCAUCAUAUGCGCCACUGCGGGUUUUGUAAUUUCUGCGAGGCGGGAGUUGAGCAGCACUGCGAAUAUUUUAAGCGAGGGGCUAUUGGAAUGACAAGAGGCUGUGGGUUUGAUGGUGGCUUGGCUGAGUACCUUGUUGUACCCCGUACUGAGAUCGUAUCUAUCGGUCACGAGGAUCCAGUACUCUACGCUCCUCUUACCGACGCUGGUGUGACCGCCUAUGCUAGCUGCAAGGACGUGAUCAGAAAUGCACGCCCCGGCCAAUAUGUCUUGGUCAUUGGCAUUGGUGGGCUCGGAUCAUACGCUAUUCAAUUCCUCCGACUUCUCACCUCUGUUCGCAUAAUUGCUGCCGACAACUCAAGUGAGAGGCUAGCCCUCGCUAAGGUUCUGGGAGCAGACGAAAGUAUCCUUUCUGAUGUGAACUCAAAGGCCGAACUUGAUCGCAUCACUUUUAACCGAGGCGUCGACGGUGUGGUUGACUUUGUUGGAAGUGACGCAACCUUGCAGCUAGCAGCGAGUGUCGUUCGACCUCAGGGAUUUGUCUCUGUUCCUGGCAUGCAAGGCGGUUCUGUGCGCCUAGGUUGGAACUUGAUCGCGACGAGUGCUAAGUUUUCACUAUCCCUUGGAAGUACACGGCAGGACUUGAGAGAGGUGUGCCAGCUUGCGAAGGAGGGCAAGCUGCGUAUUGAGGUUGAUAGGUUUAGCUUUGAUGAGAUUCCUAAAGCUUACCAGCAGUUACGUGAUGGUAAGCUGAAGGGCCGUGCGGUUAUUGUUAUGGACUGAGAGAGUGAUGGCCUGGAUGAGAAAUGCGAAUUGUAAAUACAGGCAGAGAGUAUACAUGUUGAAUAGCUCACCGCGUUCAAAG